AUGAAAAAAGAAAAAACGGGUGAUACCAGCCGUCCAUAUAAAUUAGCCCAUCAAAUAGUGAGCUUGACAGGGAUAAGCUUUCAAAGGAAAAGUAUAAUUGGAUUUGUCGAAUUGACAAUUAUUCCACUGCGAGAUACACUAAGGCUAAUAAAGCUCAAUGCCAAACAAUGCAGGAUAUAUAGAGUAUGCUUAAAUGACACUUAUGAAGCUCCUUUUCAGUACUUUGAUCCAUUUCUGGAUAUUUGUCAAGGGGACAGUAAACAACGUUCCCUCGAAUUUUUCUCAAAUAUGCAUUUAGCAGCUGCUCAAAAAGUUGAUCCUGAUAACAAUGCUGGGGAACUAGUAGUUCAAAUACCACCAGAUGCAGCACAUUUAGUUGCAGAAGGUCGAGCAAUAAGAAUUAGCAUUGAAUUUUCCUUGGAACAACCACAGGGAGGUGUACAUUUUGUAGUACCAAAUUGUGAAGGAACAUUAGCUGAGAGAGGUGCACAUAUGUAUACAUACAGCUAUGAAAAUUCAUCUAGAUUAUGGUUCCCAUGUGUGGACAGUUUCGCAGAACCAUGCACUUGGAAAUUGGAAUUUACCGUCGAUGAUUCAAUGACUGCCGUUUCCUGUGGAGAUCUGGUCGAAGUCGUUUAUACGCCUGACAUGCGUAGAAAAACGUUUCACUAUGUUUUAAAUACUCCUGCAUGUGCUCCAAACAUUGCUCUGGCAGUUGGACCAUUUGAGAUCUUUGUGGAUCCUUAUAUGCAUGAAGUGACUCAUUUCUGUUUACCUCAACUUUUACCAUCUCUAAAAGUGUCCGCGAAAUAUAUGCAUGAAGCCUUCGAAUUUUAUGAAGAAACUUUGUCAAAUCGAUAUCCAUAUUCUUGUUACAAGCAGAUCUUUGUUGAUGAAAUAGAUGAAGACAUUAAUGCUUAUGCUACUAUGAGCAUUCUAAACACAAAUUUAUUACAUUCUACUGCAAUUAUAGAUCAAGUAUAUAUUACAAAGAAAGCAAUGGCACAAGCAAUUGCAGAACAAUUUUUUGGAUGUUUUAUAUCUAUGCACAAUUGGUCAGAUACUUGGUUGCCUAAGGGUAUUUCUACAUAUCUAACAGGACUGUAUGCUAAAAAAUGCUUUGGAAACAAUGAAUACAGAGAAUGGAUUCAAUCUGAAUUGCAAGAAGUAGUGAAAUAUGAAGAACAAUUUGGUGGCAUAAUACUCGAUCCAUCUCAAGCACCAGCACCAUUGCCCAUUGCAGCCAAUACUCCAGCACCUGCUCCUCGAGCUCCCGAUCCCGGAUUUUAUUUUCCGAUUAAAAAUUUACAUACAAUGUCUCCUAGAUACAUUGAAGUUCUCCGCAAGAAGGCACAUUUAAUUAUGAGAAUGCUGGAACAUAGGAUCGGACAAGAAUUGUUACUUCAAGUAUUUAAUAAACAAUUGUCUCUAGCAGCCAAUGCUGCGCAACAAAAGAUUGAAUCUGGUUUAUGGCCACAUAUGCUAAUUAGUACAAAUGUAUUCGCGAAGGCAAUCUUUACAGUAACAGGAAAAGAUAUGUCGGUAUUCAUAGAUCAAUGGGUUAGAACAGGAGGACAUGCAAAAUUCAGCUUGAGUUUUGUAUUUAAUAGAAAAAGAAAUACAGUGGAAUUAGAAAUUAGACAAGACACUGCUCAUCAAAGAGGAAUCAGGAAAUAUGUCGGUCCGUUAGUGGUCAACAUUCAAGAACUCGAUGGUACUUUUAAGCAUACUUUACAAAUUGAAGGUACAAUGGCCAGGGCAGAUAUCACAUGUCAUAGUAAAAGCCGUAGAAAUAAGAAAAAGAAGAUUCCAUUAUGUACUGGUGAAGAGGUUGAUAUGGAUCUUUCUGCUAUGGACGAUUCUCCAGUAUUAUGGAUCAGACUUGAUCCUGAAAUGACAAUCAUGCGUGCUGUGCAAAUUGAGCAACCUGAUUAUCAAUGGCAAUAUCAAUUGAGACAUGAAAGAGACGUUACUGCACAAUUAGAAGCUAUAGUAGCUUUGCAGCAUCAUUCGACACCUGCCACGCGAUUGGCAUUGACCGAUACGAUCGAAAAUGAACAUUGUUAUUAUAAAGUUAGACUGCGCGCUGCCCAUUGUUUGACGAAGGUAGCUAAUGCUAUGGUAGCAACGUGGGCGGGUCCACCGGCAAUGUUAGCCAUAUUUAGAAAGUUAUUUGGAUCGGCGUCCUGUCGGCGAAUUAUUAAACAGAACAACUUUUCAAAUUUUCAACAUUAUUUUCUACAAAAGACCAUACCGGUCGCAAUGGCGGGAUUACGUAAUGCCCAUGGUAUUUGUCCACCGGAAGUUUUAUCUUUCUUAAUGGAUCUCUUCAAGUAUAAUGACAACAGCAAAAAUAGAUAUUCCGACAAUUAUUACAGAGCCGCACUGAUAGAGGCUUUAGGUGCGACUGUUACACCGGUUAUUAGUGUGCAACAAGGAACAGCUAUCACAGCAGAAUCUCUAUCAAUUGAUACAAAAGCCAUUUUAGAAGAAGUGACGAGAAAUUUGAACUUGGAAAAAUUAUUACCUUGCUACAAAUAUACAGUCAGUGUAGCUUGCUUGAAAGUCAUACGUAUUCUACAAAAGUUUGGUCAUCUUCCAAGCAAUCCUCAUAUUUUUAGAGCAUAUGCAGCAUACGGACAAUUUAUAGACGUUCGAAUCGCGGCUUUAGAAGCUUUGGUCGAUUUUACUCGCGUAGACGGCAAGUGGGAGGACUUGGAAUUCCUAUUGGACAUGGCGGAAAUGGAUCCGCAUCCUGGUGUACGUCACAGGCUUGUGCGUUUAAUGGUAGAAAAUCCACCAUUCGAAAGAGCUCACAAACAUCGCCUGGAUAGGCCAGAUUUAGUAGACCGUAUCUGGAACUUGAUCAACGGCAUGUUGUCGCACGAUGCAAAACUGCGUUGCGAUUUAGUGGAUUUAUAUUAUGCUUUGUAUGGCAUAAAAGUUCCAUUUUGUCUUCCUAUUCCCGAACUCGCAACGAUUAUUAAGCCUAAGAAAGUUGGCCCGCCAAGUCCUGAACGUGAAAUAAAACCUGCACCAGUGCAACAUGUAAGACAUGAAUCAAUUGACGAAGUUGAAAACUCUCCUGUUCCAAACAAGAGAAAAGCAUCUCCAAAUAGGGAUGCUACUGGCCCACCAAAUUCAGCAGAGCAUGGGACGGAAGUAAAACGACAGAAGAUGACAAACAAUCAAACGGAUGAACGGGGAAUACCAAUUCCUGGUGAAGGAAAAGUAAAGUCUGAGUAUUAUAGCGAUAAUUCUGCAUCGUUACCUGGUAUUAUGGGAACUCCUGGUCCAGUAGGUUUUGAACCAGGAAUGUUUAAAAAGGAUUCGGAAGAGCAUAAAGCAAAAAGUGAUUCUGCCAAUAAGAGUAAAAAGAAGAAAAAGGAUAAGAAAAAGCACAAACAUAAGCAUAAGCAUAAACAUGACCAUAAGCAUAAUAAGGAGAAGGAGAAAAAAGAAAAGGAUAAAGGUAAAGAUAAAGAGAAGGAUAAUAAAAAGGACAAGGAUUCAUCUGCUUUAAAAAUAAAAGAUGAGACUCUUAGUUCCGCUAGUUCCAGUCAAAGUCCAGAGCCAACUGUCACCAAUGAAUUUCUUUUUCCCUAAGAUUAUUUAUUGUUGCAUCAUGUAUUUGGAAUUUUUUAAAUAUUAUUAUUUAUAUAUUUUUACACAUUUAAAAUACUACA